GGCGGCCACUCCGGCCCCGGCGUCCACAUCUCCUAGUCCCUCUCCCCCUCCCUCUCUCCCGCCCCCUCCCGACCCUCCCAUGGCGUCGGGAUCUAGAAGCCCGCCUUCGGUCUCGUCCUCUUUCCAGCGGGAGAGACAGGUGGUCUCCGGGCUUGGUCUGUCCAGCUCGCCUGGUUCGGCGCGCUCCUCGUCUGCGGGCGCGGCCCAUGAAGUGGAUGGGGAGCCGGCGCCGGAGCCGGGGUAGCACAGGCCGGGUCCUUCCCGCAAAGCUCGCUGGCGGCGUCGUCGGGCGCUGAGGCGCCAGCAGGGAGCUGGCGGUCAGGGUAGCUGCGCAUCUUCUUCCUCCUCUGAAAGGCGUCAGAUUCCUCCGGAUUUGUUUGGCCUCUGCUUCAGGUGCUUCCAAGAGGGCCACCGGCGUCAGGACUGCACUAAUGACCCGCUCUGCAUCCGCUGCGGCUUCUCGGGCCACGUCUCCUCCCAGUGCACGGUGUCGCGCAGUCCAAUCUCGGCUGAGGAGCUGCGCCGGGCCGUGAUUGGCAGGGUGUCUAAAGCUCGUCAGACAGAGCCGGCGCCGGAGGCAACGCCGGCCAUGGGGCGGAUGCUGUUGGAGCCUAGGCAGGACGCGCCUGGGGCGCCGUCCUCGCCAGUUGCGCCCGGCUUCCCCCCAUGAUGGCCGUCGACUUGUCCCCGCUAGUGCGUGCCGAGGUGUGCAUUCUGCCGCGGUCGGCGGGGAUGGAGGACCUGGAGCGUCGGCUUCAGCUGGCGGUGGUGGUAUAUGUGGGCGGUGCAAGGCCGCCGAUAUCUUGUGUGGACGCUGCCAUCGCCAUCUCCGAGCAGCUCAACAUCCCAAGGCAUCGCUUUUCGGUGCACAAAUUCCAUCCUGAAGACUUCUUGAUUAUUUUUGCGUCGCACGAGCUCAGGAACAGAGCGUUGGGUGUGCCUUUGGUUGAGCAUCAGGGUGUCAAGCUUUACAUCAAGCCUUGGCUGAGACAGGCGCAAGCUAAAUCCAGGUUGAUGCGCAUUCAGGUCGACCUCAUGAUCGAGGGUGUGCCGUCGCAUGCGUGGUCGAAGGAGACGGCCACGGAGCUGCUGGGCAAUUCCUGUCUGAUCGAGAGUUUAGUGCCGGAGACCGCGAGUAGAGAGGAUCUCUCUCUGUUCAAGCUGCGUGCAUGGUGUGUUGACCCGGAGGAAAUCCCGACGUGUCGUCGACUCUGGGUGCCGGAGCCGCAGGAGCGUGUGGUGAAUCCAGCCAUGCAGCGUCCGUCCUUUCGUCAACUACUGGAGUACCCUACACUCAUUCACAUUGGGAGGCUGAGAGAUCAUACUCCACCGGAGCUCUGGCGUCGCUCGCCUAGUUCGGACGGUGGUAGCGGUCAAAGUGGCCUACCGGACAGCUUCAUUGGAUCCCUUCCCGGCGGUGAUUGGACGGUGUUGCAAUGGACUCGCGGAGUCUGCGACAAUAGGGGCGUUGGUCGCCGUUCUCCUGGCCCCGCCGGCGGCAGUGGACAUGGCAGAUCUUAG